AUGCCACAGGCAAGCCAGGACUGGGACGUCUUGGUCGUGGGGGGCGGCAAUGCCGGGUUCAGUGCCGCCAUAUCCGCUGCCGAGGAACUAUCCAAGGGCAGCUCACAGCCUCCGCGGGUGCUCAUAGUUGACAAGUGCCCAGAGUCAUGGGCGGGUGGGAACAGCUACUUCACGGCCGGCGCGAUGCGCUGCGUGCAUGGUGGCCUGUCAGACGUCCUGCCGCUUGUCAACAAUGUGGACACGGAGACUGUGAAGAAAAUCGACCUGGACCCUUACACGGCGGAAGACUUCCUGAAUGACAUGCACCGUGUGACAGAUGGGAAAUACGACAGAGAGCUGGGCCGCAGGUUGGUGGAUGACAGCAACGAGACGGUGAAAUGGCUUGCGGCCCACGGCAUCCGCUUCCAGCUAAGCCUCAACCGACAGGCCUACAAGAUAGGAGACCGGUAUAAGUUCUGGGGAGGCCUGUGCCUGAAGACCCAGGACGGCGGGAAAGGCCUGAUGGAGGACCACCGGCGGGCGGCCGAAAAGGUCGGUGUAGGCAUAAUGUACGAAAACAGCGCCAGAAAGGUCUGGGUGGACUCGAAUCCUAUCAAGUUUGACUCUCUCGAGGUUGUGGGGAAGGGCGGGCUGAAGUCUAAGAUGCGGGCCAAGGCAAUCGUCCUCGCUGCUGGUGGCUUCGAGGCAAACCCUCGCAUGAGGGCGCAGUAUCUCGGGCCGGGGUGGGAUCUGGGCCACGUGAGAGGCACGCCGUUCAACACGGGAGAGGUCCUGGAGAUGGCAAUCCGCGACCUGGGGGCCAGACAGGGCGGCCACUGGAGCGGGUGCCACAGUGUUGCUUGGGACGCGGACAGCCCUGCCAAUACGGGGGACCGAGAGACAUCAAACGAGUUCACCAAAAGCGGGUACCCCUUAGGCAUCACGGUCAACAGGGCCGGGGAGAGAUUCUUUGACGAGGGCAGCGACAUCAGGAACUACACAUAUGCUAAGUUUGGGAGGGCAAUCCUGGCCCAACCAGGCGGCGUGGCAUUCCAAGUGUGGGACAGUCAGGGGAUCCCAUGGCUGAGAAGUGAGGAAUACCGCGACGAGGUCGUGGACAAGACCUUCGGAGGGUCAAUCGAGGAGCUUGCCUCGAAGUUGGAGAGGGGCCGAGGGCUGGAAAGUGCCGCGGUGCUGGUCGAUACCGUGAGGGAGUACAACGACGCAGUGUCGAGGCACAGGCAAGAGCACCCUGACGCACGGUGGGAUCCUGCAGUCAAGGACGGGCUGUCGACGCAGUCAUCUCAAAAGAGGCUGCGAGUGCCAAAGUCGAAUUGGGCGCUGCCGCUGGCCGAGGGGCCCUUCAUGGCCAUCAAAGUGUGCUGUGGAGUCACCUUCACCUUUGGUGGCCUCGCCGUCGACCCCAACACGGCGGGUGUCAUCUCGGAACUCACAGGCAGGACAAUUCCUGGUGUCUACUGCUGUGGCGAGAUGCUGGGCGGGCUGUUCUACGAGAACUACCCCGGGGGAACCGGGCUGACGGCUGGGGCAACAUUUGGCAGGAGGGCUGGAAUUGAAGCUGCUCGGUUAGCCCUGACCUCAAGAUGA